AUGAGCUUCACACGCCUUCCCCUACGCUCUCUGACUCGAGCAGUCGCAUCUUCGUCGUCGUCCUCAUCUACAGCUUCCGCUUUGCCCACUCUCUUGCGCUCCUUUCAUGCCUCACCAUGCUCCUCCGCCGAUGCAAAGAAGGUCUCCAUGUCAGGCAUCAGCGCAAUCCGUAAAGCCGUACCCGGCACCUCGAUGAUCAAGGCCAAGGAAGCUCUUCUCGCCACGUUCAACGCCGCAGGUCAAGAAGACUUGUCUGCUGCUCUGACAUGGCUAGAGGACGACAGGCAGAAGAGUGGUGCAAAAAAAGCAGAAAAAGUGGCUUUGAGAGAGGCAAAGGAAGGCAUGGUCGGCAUCUGCAUCCUUGCCGAUGGAUUAGGAGCAACGGGAGCUUCGUCUUCGUCCUCUUCUUCGUCUUCUUCCAUGCCUACUCCUCCGCCCCGAGCUGGACUUGUGGAGCUGAAUUGCGAAACAGACUUUGUAGCCCGCAAUGAAGUCUUCAAUCAGCUCGUGCAGGACCUUAGUCAUACUGCUGCUCUCUUCCCUGAUUUGGCCCAGGGUGUCUCUUCCUCUACCGCAACGGAAGGCAGCUCAACACCAAAGCUCAUCGACCUUCCCCUGCAGGAGUUCCUCAGCUUUCCUGUGUUGACCAGCUCGCCAGAUGCAGCCAAAUCUUCUACGCGUCCCAGGACAGUGCAGGAUGCAAUUGUGGAUAUGGUCUCUCGUCUGGGGGAGAAGAUCACCCUCGCCCGUGCCUCGAGCAUCUCUACCUCUCUCCCUCCCCUCUCAAGCGACCCAAGACGGUCCCAAUCCAUCGACGAGACGUACGUCGUUUCUUCCUUUGCACACGGCGGUGCGGGCACGCCCGUGACGCAAGGCGCAGCAGCCUUCUCCACCUCGGCGGGAAAGGUAGCCUCCCUCCUUCUCACGCGCUACCGUGGUCUCACGGGUAAUGCAGCCUCCCCUGCUCCUUCCUCCGAGGAGAUGACAAAGACGAUUCGCGCACUCGGACGAUCUCUCGCUCGUCAAGCUGCAGGAAUGGAGACCACAUCCAUCCGUGCCCCUGCCGGAGCAGAAGGGCUUGAAGAAGCACCAGGCGCACCAUCCACCGCCCUCUACUCGCAACCCUUCCUCAUGCUCCUUCCCUCGGCGGGAGUCGCAGUCGAGGGUGAGGAAAAAGUAGAGGGCGUUCUGCAGAAGUGGUGCAGGGACAAGGGAGUGGACGAGGUGGAGGUGGUGGAUAUCAGGAGGUGGGCAUUGGGUGAGACGGCCACCAUUGCCGAGUCGAGCAGCCCGGCGGAGUAG